CCAAACCCGGAAGUAGAUGUAGUUUUUACGUUGAAAGUGCAAAACAUAUCUGUAAAUACGCUAGGAAAUGGAUUUAAACAAGAUGUAUGAAAAUGCUGCACACUGAAACCUCUGUGAGCUUCGUAUGUAGAGAUGGAGAAGAUUCGCGAGCGCUUUAAACAGAGCAGAUCUUCCUCACGUGAGAAAGUAAAGCUGAGGAAGAGGAGCUCAGUUCUGUACAGCACAGAUGACAUCCAAGCAAACUCACACGGAUCUGUUGGUGUCGGUAUUAUAGUUUUUACGGUUGGGUUUCGCUUACUCAACUGUCUUCUGGUCCAGACCAGCUUUGUACCAGAUGAGUACUGGCAGUCCCUUGAGAUUUCCCAUCGAAUGGUCUUCAAUUAUGGCUAUGAGACUUGGGAAUGGAAGACAGGGAUCCGCGGAUACUCUUAUCCUCUCGUGUUUGCUCUGAUGUAUAAACUCCUCCAUCUGAUCAAUUACGACACCGUUCAACUCUUGGUGUUCGUGCCUCGUGUUUUCCAAGCAUUGCUGUCGGCGUAUGUCGAUGUUACACUGUACCGUCUGAUCCUGCAGUGGGACACUCCUGAUGUUGCAAAAUGGACAUUUUUUUGUCAGCUGUGUUCGUGGUUUACUUGGUUCUGCUGUACUCGGACUCUGACCAACACCAUGGAAACGGUUCUGACCACGCUGGCUCUUUGCUUUUACCCUUUACCAGGAUCCAAAAUGCACAACAGCUGGAAGUAUUUAUCUCUGGUGUCACUGGCUGUUGUUGUUCGGCCCACGGCUUUGAUCGUAUGGAUUCCUCUGCUGUUCUGUCAUCUGUGCUGGGAACAGAACAAAAUUAAAUUUAUUGCACUGCAGUGCCUUCCCAUCGCGGCCUUUACAUUGGGGAUCUCCACUUUGAUCGACUCUGUGUUCUAUGGAAAGUGGACUUUCGUUCAGUGGAAUUUCCUAAAGUUGAACGUACUGCAGAACAUAGCAGAAGUUUAUGGUACACAUCCGUGGCAUUGGUACGUCAGUCAGGGUCUGCUGGUCGUGAUUGGUCCUCAUCUUCCUUUCUUCAUACACGGAUACUCACUGAGUACCAAAAAACACAGAAUCCUCCUGAUAACCAUCAUAUGGACUACAGUGAUAUACAGUUUGCUCGCACAUAAGGAGUUCCGCUUUAUUUAUCCACUCUUGCCAUUCUGUGUUAUUUUUUGUGGCAUGUCCUUAGCGAAGCUUCAGACGUGGAGGAAACCUGCCGCAGUUGUCCUCCUGGUGUCGAAUCUGAUUCCUGCUUUAUAUACGGGUUUGAUUCACCAGCGUGGGACUUUAGAUGUUAUGAGUGACCUACAGCGUCUGUGUGACUUUAACAGAUCUCAGACAAAACCUGAUGUUCUCUUCCUAAUGCCGUGUCACUCCACACCCCUCUACAGUCAUCUACACUGUCCUCUCAAACUGCGUUUUCUGGAGUGUCCACCGGAUCUGACUGGAAACAAACAUUAUGUGGAUGAAGCUGAUAUGUUCUUCAAUGACCCUAUGCACUGGUUGAAAUCUUUCUCCUCUCAGCAGAUGUUACCCACUCAUCUAGUGAUGUUCGACUCUUUAGAGAAGGAGAUCUCUACGUUCCUAUUGGAAAACAGAUAUGCCAAACAAGCCGAAAUAUUUCACACUCAUUUUCCCGAAGGUCGAGUGGGAGAAAACAUCUUCAUUUACGUCAGAGGACCUGAAAUGAGCACUGACUAGUUUUUCUCUUUAUUUUAUUGUUUGAAAAAUCACAGAUACUGUAUAUAAAUCAUUUUGAUUUUGUCUCACACUGUCUCUUUUAUUUCAAAGCAACGCACAAAUUCACAGUUGAGGACAAUUAUUUAUGAAGCAAUGCAAGAGUUUUAUUCUAGAAAAGAAGUGCAAGUUUAAGAGGUUAAGUGCAUUGAAGUUAAUUUACAUUUGCAUCUUAUAGCAGUUUUCCAACAAACGCUCACAGGAAUGUAACUUAGCCAAUGAAAGAAAAAAAGAGCAAAAGUGAUUUCACUAACAAUUGCAGAUUUGAACAAACAAACAAUCCUCUUUUAAUGUGCGUUUUCAAAUAAAACAGUGGUGACACAUACAGUAGCAGCCGAUAGAUUACAAGAAACCACUCCAAAGCCCUGUUAUCUUUAUGACAAUGAGCAUUUUUUAAUUGUACUAUAUGUUGUAUUAUAGGUUUUUAAUGUCAUUAUAAAUCCGAAUGUCAAACUCACUGUGAAUAAUUUUUGGUCCUACAAAUACUGUAUCAUAACUUAAGUUUUUCUCAUAUGUUUUCUUGUAUAAUUUUACUGCCUAAAUGUAUUUGGUGUUCAAAUUCAGGUUUUUGGAUAAUAAACAGUACAUUUUGUAAAAAAUUAAGUAAUUUUUUUCUUCAUAUUUUAAAUAUUCCUCCGACACACUUAAAACUGGGGGAUAUAUCUUCCUAUAAAAUAAUAAUAAUAAUACAUUUUAAAGUGCAGUUUGGAUGCUCAGAUUUAGAAACAGCCAUCACUAUAGUGCAGAAAGAGCUAAAAAAAAAAAACACACACAA